CAUGGAGGAGUACGCACGUGAACCUUGCCCAUGGAGAAUAGUGGACGACUGCGGUGGAGCCUUCACGAUGGGUGCCAUCGGUGGGGCUGUGUUUCAAAGCAGCAAGGGAUUUAGGAAUGCCCCUUCGGGAGUCAAUCGUCGUCUGCUGGGAAGCCUGGGUGCCAUUAAAGAGAGGGCGCCAAUCAUAGGCGGAAACUUUGCAGUUUGGGGAGGCUUGUUUUUGACGAUAGACUGCACAGUGGUGAAGAUUCGCAAAAAGGAAGACCCAUGGAACUUCAUAACCAGUGGUGCCCUUACGGGAGCCAUCUUGGCAGUCCGAAAUGGGACCGGCGCAAUGGUGGGAUCCGCGGUCAUAGGUAGUGUCCUCCUGGCCCUAAUUGAAGGCGUGGGCAUUCUCUUCACUCGCUUCUCGGCUGAACAGUUCAAGCCAGUAAAUCCACAGAUGGAAGACCCCUCGCAGCUAGGAGCGGCGCGUGGCAAUAUUAGAUUCGCAGAGUUGGAACUCAAAACACUCAAGGGAAGAUAA